CUCAACUCGAGAGGGAAUUUCUUCGAAUGAAGACCUGCAUUGACAUACUGAUCCUGAUAUUCGUUGUUGGCCUCAAUUUUAAAAGUGGAGCGUUGCAGCAGCACAACUCUCUGCAUGGUCAACCAUACGAGAAUUUUUCUCCAUCACCCUUUAGCAUCGGUGUUUUGAGACCACCCCUCCAUGCUCUUUAUCCAAAGAUUCAACCUAAUCACGUUUCUCCACAAGUAGAGCCGAGAAAUCGUCAAAAUGCCGAGCCGGGCUAUGUUUUUGAUACAACACGCCAUCAAGCCGUUCAUCCGCGAACUCAUCUAAAAAGGUCCCAACUUAUAGGAGUGAUAAAUCCAUCACAAAUUCAACCUCGCCGUCCUAAACCUAAGCCAGUAAUCGUACAACAGCCAGAUGGAUCUUUUUCUACAGCAAUUCCUGUGCCUUUUGGUGCUAGAUUCAAUAAAAGAAAAAUGUGCUUGUUCUAUGACAGCUUCUUAUCCAGAAUGACUCCUAGAUAUUUGGUUUGCUCUUCGAUUUCCAAUUUUUGUUCAGACAAUUUGAAGGAACUCGUGGUUUCGCAGUUAAACCUUCUGGUGAAAACAACUGCAUCCGCCUUACUCGGAUUGACUGAUAGUCCAGUCCUCACGAUAAUAACGAUAACCAGUAUAUCGUCCGCUUAG